GAUGGAGCCAUUACACUUAAAAAAUAUAUUAGGUCGGUACUAACUGUCAAAAAACUAAAGAACUUCAUGUUUUCAUGUACUAGGUAGGCUUUUUAGAAUAAAAACUAAUAAAUAAUAUAGACAUAACAAUGUCUGAUAAUGUGCUCGCAGAUUCUCCUAUUCAGCAUGAAGACGCUCAACCGGAUGUGGAGCUCACAGACGGCAAAGCAAAGCUGCGAAAGUGGCUGAAUAUGAAUUUUAGGAUAGAAAUGACUGACGGCCGAGUGUUGAUCGGAGUUUUCCUCUGCACUGAUAGAGAUGCUAAUGUUAUUUUAGGAGCCUGUUCAGAAUACCUGAAAAAUAGUGAAGGAGAGACGGAAGAGCCAAGGGUUCUUGGGCUGGUAAUGGUACCGGGCAGACAUAUUGUCUCAAUACAGAUUGAUGACACCACCCCUCCACAGAAAUACUAUUAUGAUGAAUGAUGCCCUUUUGCUGUGAUACUUAAUAUAGUUGUGUAAUUUUUAAUUUAUAAGCAACAAGUACAUGCUAAAGUUGAUUUAUUUGGGUCUUAUGAAGCAUGCAUGUUUCAUUUAUUUCUUAUUACAGUCCUUUAAUAAUUUUAUUUAUUCUUAUUGUUUAUUUAUGCUUUUUAAUCAAAAUCAAAUAACAAAGAAUUGAAUUUCAAUUUCCUCUCUUACAUCUAAUGAACUUAAUGAUCUUCCUUAGAUCCAUAAUAAAUAAUCUAAAAAAUUCUAUGCAAGUGAUAGAAUCUGUAAAUAAAACAAAUUUAAAAUAAAAAAUAUUUUAUGAAC